UGCAGUUUAAAAGAAGACAGAGCACAAUGGCUUCUGAAAGGCAGGAAGUUGUUAGCAGUGAUCUGACCACUUCAGGCAUCCCGCCACCUACAGACCAACAAAAGGAGCUAGCCAUUCAAGCUAUGCAGGAAUUUGAGAAAGGACAGUUUACUCCGUGUGUGAACACCAUGACAAAGUUAGGGAAUCAACGGGGCAAUGAUCCAAAAGUACUACAUAAUAAAGCUGUGGCAUCAUUUUAUCAAAGUGGCGCCUGUGCUGUGGAGGAUUUAAAGGCAGCUCUUCAGACUGUUUGUCAAAUGGUAUCUUUAACUACAUAUGAUCCAAGUGAUGGGGUAGAGGAUGUUGAUAAUGCUGUGCUGUACUACAACCAGGCUGUUCUGAACUACCACAUGCGACAGUACCGAGCUGCUCUUCAUAUUCUGGAGAAGGGUUUUCAUUACAUAGAGCCACCAGAUGAACUGCUGGCUCAAAAUGUGUUGCUGCUGUGGGUGGAGCUGUAUCUUUGUGUUUGUCAGCCUGAAAAAGCUUUAAAUAUGCUGGCCUACUUAGAAAAGUCUCUGAAUAGUGGAAAGGAGGCCAAAACAUGCGAGAGAGGCGAUAAAGGAGAACAGAACAAAGAUGCUGGGAAGGAAUCAACAAAUACUGAGAGCAGUGAAAUGCUGAGAGCGCGGCUGUGUCUGUAUAAAACAAGAUGUCUGGCAAUGAAAAAGUCCAUGAAGUCUUGCAAGAGAGAAAUCAAAACAUUGGUCAACACUCCAGGCUUAGCAGCAGGUCCAACUGUUCAGUACCUGCGUGCUUAUUUUGAAUACCUGAGAAGCAGCUUUCGCAAGGCACAGAAGAUGCUAACCUCUUUGCCUAGCACAGCAUCAUGCUCCCCGGGAGAGAGCCUUCCUGUUAUGUACUACAAUAAUCUGGGCUGCAUUCACUAUCACCUGCACAAGCACCACACUGGAGCCCUUUAUUUCCGAAGAGCUAUGAUGGAGAACGAAAAGAUAGUGAAAGAAGUGAAGAGCUCCCAAAAGGGUAAGCCACUGCACACACUGGGAGUGAGUCGAUAUUAUGAGCUAAUGUACAACAUGGGUCUGCAGCUGCUGCAUUGUGGAAAGUCAUCCGCUGCCUUUGACUGUCUUAUUCAGGCAGUACAGGUUUAUCAGGUGAACCCUAGGCUUUGGCUGAGACUAGCAGAGUGUUGCAUCAUGCAUAACAGAGAGAACAAUGAUGAUGAUGCUAAGCUUGAGAAGAGACUUCGAGUAAUUGAAGGUUCUGUUGGUAGUGGCAUUCAUAGAAAAAUAAUCUUGGGGCCAGGUACAGGUCAAGACAAGGCUCUGACCAGCACAAAUCCACCAGCUCUGCCAUCUCUUCAGCUUGAAUUUGCUGCUCUUUGUCUUCGUAAUGCAGUCCUCCUGCUUCCUGAUGAUCCACUAGAUUCAGAAACCUCCUCGACUGAUGAUAGCUCUGAUGGAAACAAACCGAACCCAGAACCUGUAUUAGUCCCGGCUCCUCCAGCAAACCCCAUGAGAAUGGUGGAAGUGGCCAACUUGAGGUGCUCAAUACUUGCAGCAAGUGCAUAUGUUGCUCUUUGCCUCAAUGACCCUUUACUGGCACUGCAGCAUGCUGAAAAUCUUCUUCGACAGCCACGUCUCUCUGGUGCUCAGCGUUAUGUAGGCAACAUGUACAUGGCUGAGGCUCUGGUAGCUCUGGAUCGUGUGGCAGAUGCCAUCAGUCAUCUUAGCCCAGACACUCUCACAACGGCUGACAUCAUUACUGUGCCACCGGAAGUGAAGGCUGACCCUGAAAAAAUAGACAAGAACGAUAAGGGAGAGAAAGAGGUGAUGGAAAAUUUAGAGGACAAAGUCAGGAUGUUUCAUACAGCAGCCCCGUACCCUUGGAUCCCACGGGACCUGCAAAAAGCAAAGGCCUUGAUGCAACAUAACCUGGCUGUGGCACAUGCUGUCCGUGGAGAAUAUGACAAAGCCAACAAAUAUCUUUCAGAAGGGUCAACCAAUAAUGGCGCACCAUUGCCAGCUCAAAUGUACUACCUGAAGCUCUACCUUGAUCUCAUGGAGGGAAGGAGACAGAUGGCCCAGUCGGUAAUCAAAGAGCACUUUGGACAUGUGACACCCAACCGCUAACAGCCAUAGGUUAUAAGCAGGAUGUAUCAGUCAAUAAGUUAAUAAAAUCUGGAUGGCCUGGUGCUAUACUCAUCUAAAGAAUUUUGUGCCCAUUUCUAGAAGGAAACAACAGUCCUUAGGUGAUGCAGGAAGCAGUUUCUAAUGCGGAAAUCUUUUGCUAAACCACCCCCACCCCCAAAACAUUAAAAAAUUUAUUACAUAUGGAAGAGAUUUUUUUGUGUAAGUGAUUUGUGUACAGAAAAUACAUCAUCUUCUUAUGUGCUA